UCACUGUCGUGUUCCGGAAGUGUGAAUCUCAAGAUAAUAUAUCUACACGUCAACAGUGCGCUUAUUAGCCGAACUCCUCCCGUGAAACUACUGAACAGUUUAUAACGCGCUAAAUAUUUACACAACAAUUUCCAAUGCAGAUGGACUCUGGGGACAGAGGUUCCUUCACUGAGGGUGGAGCAAGUGCGAGAACUUUACCUCCAGGCCUGACGGAGCAGGAAGCCGUGGAACUGGAGCUGGAGCUUAGUAAGGUGGAGGAUGAAAUUCAGACGCUGAGGCAUGUUCUGACAGCCAAAGAGAGGCAUGCUGGGGAACUGAGGCGGAGGUUGGGAAUAAGCCCUCUGACUGAGUUAAAAAGCAACCUCACCAAAGGCUGGCAUGAAGUCCAGUCUUCUAAUGCUUAUAUGAAAACCUCACAGACUCUUGGGGAUUUGAAUCAAAGAAUUACAUCAUCUAACGUUUAUCUUACAGCAUCUGCUACUCUGGAAGACAUAAGUCGUUCUGACGCCUAUAAGAAAACUCAGGAGACUCUGUCCCAGGCUGGUAUGAUGACAUCAUCUGCUUUCUCGUCACUGGGUUCAGCAAUCAGAAGCAGACUGGGAGAAAUGAGGGCUUUGACUUACACGCCCCCAUCAGGUAGCAGCUACUCCAUGCGCCACUCCCUAAGUAUGCCCACUAUGAGGUAAAGUACCAGGAAUUCGCCAACAUUUAAAAACUUGGAGGACAAAAUGGCAGGUAAAGGAAGCACGAAUGGCGAAGAUGCGUAACUGCCACCUGGCAAUGGUUCUGAACAGGAAGCACAGAUUCAUCACCAAAACUGACCUCUGUGACCCAAACUACCCCAAGUCCUUUAAAGCGCUAUACUGAAAGCUAAGAGAUGUCAAAACGUUUGAAUAAAUAAUGCUGAACAGUACUAAAGUCCCAAAAUGCUGUUAAAGUCUACAACUACAUCUCUGCUGCUUGCUUUAAAAGGAGAAACCUUGAACCUUGUGUGGGGAAAAAAACAAACAAAAAAAAAACCCUUUGCAAACUGACAGUGUGUGAAUGCAUGACGCACACGACUUGUACUACUGUUUCACUUGUAUCUAAUGUAUGAAAAGGUUUUCAGAAUGGUGUCUGCUCUGAUAUUACUACUGAUAUAAUUCACUUGUGGUUCCAUGCAGCAUCGUAUGCACUCCGACACACUGUGGAUUAAAUGAAAACGCUUCCUUGGCAGUAUAUGUUCCUCCUGUUGCAUAUGAUUAAUGAGAAUGUAACAGACUGCUUACUACAUCCCUUAUAACUCAGGGCAACAGGUGCUAGCGCUGACUAUAAUGUGAUGAAUGUAACUACUGCAUUAUAAACUGCUUUAUGGAAUAUGAGGUAAAUGUUCCUGAUUUAAUUAAAAUAAUUGAUCCUUUUUGGGUUAAAUGAAGGACUCUUAUGCUUCUAUACACUGGUAUUUGGUUAAAUUAUCUGUUUGUCCUUAUUUUGUUUUUUUCUGGUGUGACUAUGGUAAAAGGAAAUAUUUAGGUACAAUUAAACAUACAAUAGACAAGUGUUUGUUUGCCUGGCUGUCCUGAAGUUAAUACUCAGGAUGUGCUUAAGGAUGAAGUAAAAUAUGAAAUGACUGUUACCUUUAGCCCGUACACAAAUCUGAAAACUGGUCUGUCUGGCUUGUAACGUGUGAUUUUUAUGGUAUUUAACAUUAACAUUGUUAUAAACAUAACAAAUAAAUCUAGAGGUGGAAAACA